UGUGUCAACUGUGAAAACGGUCGUAGUUGCCAUGAAUGCACCACGAAUGCGGAAAUGAUUGUUUCGGAAAUGAAAUAACAUUUUUAGUUUUUAUUUCAUCUAAAAAAAUAUAUACAUAUAAAUAAUACUGUAUGUAACGGUUAUCACAUAAUGUCAAAUAGGUGAGCGGGACAUUUAUUUUUAUUUUCCAGUGACAGAAAACGACUCAAACAAAUCGUCACGAGCCAAAGGUCAGCCAAUCAGGAGAGCGGAAGUUGAACAUUGCGGUAAUCCGGUUCAGACGUGACAAGUGCGGCCGACUGAACCUGGACCCGGUUCUAAUAUUCCGGUAUAUUCUCCUGAAACGAACCCUCUUCGCCUCACGGCCGAGCUGGAGGCUCGCGGAGGACGCCACGGUGGACUGAUGCGUGUCGUUGCGACGGGGAGCCGCGGUGCAGCGGGAGAAGCGUUCCUUUGUAAGCUAGUCCGGUCCGUCAGUUGGUAACCGUUGGUGAUGUUGCACGGCUUCGUGGUCCCCAAAAGGCCCCCGGGGCGAGCCCGUUACUGCUGAGCCCCGGAAGGACCGAGACACUCCGAUGAGAGCGAGGAGAGCCCCCCGAAGCUUCUGGUAGCACACCGGGCCGCGGUUAGCCCCCCCCCCCCCCGGCCCCCCUGAACCGCAUCACACCGAUUCCUGUUGAGAGGGAGACCCCAUCAGCCUUCACGGUGGAAACGAGAAGAAGAGCAAAGAUGAACGCUGUGCGGGGCGGGACGGUCACCUGGCGUCCCCAGCCGUGGAAGGACGGGGACGGGGGAGGAGGGGAGCCUCUGUCGGACAGCGACUCGGAGGAGGAGGACUUCCCCGACGACAGCACCACGCCGCUGGGAGACUACAUCACACAUGGACUGAAGCAGCUCCUGGAUGCUCAGCAGCUGUGUGAUGUCACUCUCCUCGUCGAAGGGAAGAAGUUCAUGUGUCACAGAGUCCUGUUGGCGGCCGUGAGCCCUUACUUCCGGGCCAUGUUCACCAGCCCUCUGGUGGAGUCCCGCCUCACCGAGAUCCGGCUGGAGGAAGUGACGCCGUCCGUCAUGGAGACCGUCAUCCAGUUCGUGUACACCGGCGAGGCGGGGCUCUCCCUGGACACGGCCGAGGAUCUGUUCGUGGCCGCCAACCGGCUCCAGGUCAUGCCCCUCCAGGACCUGUGCUCCAGGUUCCUGUUCGAGCACCUCUCCGUGGAUAACUGCCUGGGGAUGUACUCUCUGGCCCGCUCUCACCACGACCAGCUCCUGCUGCGCGCCUCCCUGCGGCUGGUCGCCCAGCACUUCCCCCGCGUGGCCCGGCAGAAGGACUUCCUCCUGCUGGACCACGGCACCCUGGGCAGCCUCCUGAGCUCCGACCGCCUGGGCGUGGACUCGGAGGCCGAGGUGUACGACGCGGCGCGCCGCUGGGCCGAGCACCGGCCGCCGGACCGCUACGCCCACAUGCCGGCGCUGCUCCGCCACCUGCGGCCGGGCCUGCUGUCCCAGGAGGAGAGCCGGCGGCUCCGCCAGGAGCUGGGGGCGGGCGAGGGCCCCGGGGGGCCCCUGAGGCCGCGGGAGGGCAUGUUCGAGAAGAAGAUCGUCUGCGUGGACCUGACGCCUCGGGAGGAGGAGAACGCGGCGGCGAGAGACUGCACGGUGGACUGCUUCGACCCGCGCACGGGGAAGUGGGAGAAGCUGGCGGCGCUGGGCUCGCUGGUCAGCCCCGGCUGCGCGGCCGUCGGCGACCGGCUGUUCGUGGCGGGCGGCGUCCUGCGGUCGGGCUCCGUGUCGGCGGCCGUGCACGAGUACGACGCCGUGUCGGACCGCUGGAUCGAGCGGCCCUCCAUGGCGCAGCCGCGGGCGAUGCUCGGCCUGCUGGGCUGCGGCGGCUCGGUCUACGCCCUGGGGGGCAGCAACCGCUCGGCGCUGCUGGACUCCAGCGAGACCCUGGAGCUCGCCACGCUGCGCUGGACCCCGGGGCCCCGGCUGCCGCUCCCGCUGCGCGCCUUCGCCUGCGCCGCGUUGCGCGGCCGCCUCUACCUCCUGGGCGGAACCACGCUGGAGCAGAACCGGGCCGUGGUCCACUCGGGGGUGCUCAUCUACCACACGCUGACGGACUGCUGGACGCGGGUGGCCCUGGACUCGGGCGCCACCUGUCUGGCCGGCGGGGUGGCGGUGCGGGGGGGCGUGUGCGCCAUCGGCGGCUACAUGAGGGACACGACCAAGUUCCUGGACGGGAACUACACCAACCUGGAGACGCUGGACGCCACCGGGCGCGUGCUGUUCUUCAGAGAGGGCCGCGGGUCCGGGGCGGAGCGGGAGGUGACGGGGGGCGGGGCGGUGGUCACGGCGGAGCAGCGGGGGGGCGCCGGCGGCGGGAGCGACCGGGCGCCGAGCCCCGUGGUGUUCCCCGGGCUGCCGCGGCGGAUCGCGGCCGGGGGCGUGGCCAGGUGGAAGCGCAGGAUCUACGUGCUGGGCGGGGAGAACGGCUCCCGGUUCUACGACAGCGUGUACUGCUGGAAGCCCGGCUGGCGCAGCUGGGUCCAGAGGCGCGAGAAACUCCCGGGGGACACCGGCGGCGUGAGCCAGUUCGGGUGCACCACGCUAAAGUUCCCCAAGAAACACAUCCUGUCCCGACUGAGACUCGCCAAAGACAACUGCAAGAAGGCGGCCGACUAGCUCCACGGGGACCGAUGGGACCCGAGUCAUGUGACGCAGAGACGGGCGCCGGGCCCAGUUUGACCUCGCGAUGGGCCAAAGGGUCAAAGGGUCAACGGGAGGGCCCAGAUUAACCCUACGAUGGACUGGAUGCAGGGGGAUCGUAUAAAAUGUAACACGGAGAGUCGGGAGUGGCGCCAGAAUCCGGUUGAACGCGUCAUGCAACACGCACCUGAAUGUGACCCAGUCCACUACAUAGAACUGGAGAGAGAGAGAGGGAGAGGGAGGGAGAGAGAGAGAGAGAGAGAGGGGGAGAGAGAGGGAGAGAGGGAUACUUUUUUUAAUGCAUUGUUUUCAUAAAGUUUCAUAUUACCAGCUUCUUUUUUUUGCUGACGUAAUGUAUUUGUUUCCAUUCAUUUAAGGUUGUUUUGAAUGCUGUGAAUUUUCUCAGCAGCGUUUAGUUUAGACACAAGGAAACCGGCACAUCUCUGACUGUCGGACUUCAUCCCCCUAAACCCAGUUGUCGUUGUUGUUGUUCUUUCUCACGUGGGCCUGUGAUGCUACACUUGAGGGCUCCUGAAAUACACGGUGAAGACGUCCUGUGUGUUCUCUCAUCUCAUUGGAGGACAUCGGUGUCAUAACCAUCAGUGGCUCAUUGGUCCAGGUCAUGCUGUUGUUGGAAGGCACUUAUGAGCUUAGAGCGACCCGUCAAAGCCCGAAAGUGACUGAGGGUGUUUAUAUAUAUAUUUUUUUAAUAAAUUGAAUCUUAAAUUCAGAUUCAGAGGUGGAAGCUUGCACACACAUGUGGGCGUAUUGUUUAUUUACGUUCUGUUGUCCUCUUAUUUAUUCACAUUGAUCAGAUCACAUCAAAAACUACCACACUGUGGAAGCACCCUUUUCUUUUUUUUUAUUUAGAAAAUCGCUGAAAGAUUCCCGUGACAUUGCAAGGAAUGUGUUUUUAAUUGCCAGAACGCAGCAGGGAGUUCUUUUAGUUUUGAGUUUUGGGGAAUUUUCUCACCAUCUUAACAAAUUAGCCCAGAUGUUAGAGUUUAAAUACCGUGACGACGUCUUUAGCUGUAUGUGCAGAGCGGAUGAGAAGCAAUAAUAUGGUGAGGAAGAAAGUAUUUUCCCCAUAAAUUGUGACCGACGAGACGAGUGAAGCCUGAUUCAUGUCGCUCCUGCAAAAAAAUACUAAUUUUCUUCGCUGUGUGGUUUACCUCAUAAUUCAGUUUAAUUUGUGAAAGAUUUAAAACUGGGAUCUCUUGAUUGUGAUCUUGUGAUUAUUUCAGUCGGUUCACAAAGAACCCAGAUCCUCACUUUGGUUGCUGAGCUUCAGUUUGUGUUUGCAAAACAAAAAAACAACAAAAGUUGUGCUCGCGCUGCAGGGCUCCACCGUCGCCGUCGCCUGCUUCCCAUUAGCGACAUUUUUGAGAAAUUGUGCAACAAGCCUUUUGUUUUGUUACAUAUAAAAGGAAAUGGUGACAUAUAUUUGCGAGGUGGACAUCCCGUCGUCAUCGCACACGCCACAUUUCAAUGUUGUGUCUUCGUUACUGAAAAUGGAAGGUGAUAAAAAUAAUGUAAAUAUUAUUUCGACAACCCGCCGUUGUUUAUUUCCCCAUUUCCAGUAACAUGCUCCGAAUCUUCACCCUGAAAAGUCCAAUGAGGUGUGUGUGUGUGUGUGUGCGCGUUUUCUACACCGACAUGUAAAUCUGUACGAGCUCUUAUUUGCACAGGUUCAGAGAAGUGAAGCUGCCCUCCUUUGUGGAUCCGCUCUGCGAGAUGAUUAAAGGACUGUUUGCAUUA